AUGCCACAGACUAAGCCGCCUACGGACGCAUUUGUAGCAGGGCUUCAUGUAGCUGCAUCGCGCAGUGAAAAGCCUCUGAUACGUUUCAAGCUCUUUGUGCUACCAGCCACAGAGCAGGAUGCGGUAGAGCACCAUAUUUUGUCCUGGAAAGCCCAAGAAUUUGCCUAUCGUCAAUUUACGCAAGACAGCGACGACCUUCCUACACUCGCCCGUGGCUUAUUCACGGAGCGGGUGAGCAAAAAUGGCGAGGAACAUGAGCGAAUUGUUGUGCGUGGCUAUGAUAAGUUCUUCAAUAUUGGUGAACUGCCUUGGACAUCGACCGAAUCAAUCGCCGCGUACGCGAAAGGUCCUUUUGUGGUAUCGCAUAAGGAAAACGGCUGCAUUAUCUUUGUCGCAGCACUCUCUCCAACAAGACUCAUUGUAACAUCCAAACAUGCACUGGGAUCGCGACCCGAAGACGAGGGACCUAGCCACGCUGAUAUGGGAUACGCAUGGCUGAAGCAGCAGUUGGCUCAAUGUGGCCGAACAGAAGAAGCUUUAGCAGCAGAAUUGUGGAAGCGCAAUGAAACGGCGGUUAUGGAGCUAUGCGAUGACUCGUUUGAGGAACAUGUUCUGGCAUACCCACCAGAGCGGUCAGGCUUGUAUCUUCACGGCCUGAACGCCAAUGCAGCGGAUUUUACUACACGUCCCAUGCAAGAAGUGACAGAUUUCGCUUUAUCAUGGGGCUUUUUCCCAGUGCAGUACCGUCUGUAUGAUACAUGGGAUGAGGUGGAUGCCUUUGCAAAAGAGGUGGGUAAAACGGGCUCGUUUGAUGGCCAGUCCAUUGAAGGGUUUGUAGUCAGAUGCCAAAUGCCCGAGCAAGUGUCACCCGUGGAAGGUGUCAAGAUUCCCCCUUACCAUGCAGGGCAAACAUGGUUCUUCAAGAUCAAGUUCGAUGAGCCUUAUCUCAUGUACCGCAGCUGGCGUGAGCUGACACGCACCAUGCUACGUGACAAAGCGAAAUGGGAAGAACAACAACAAUUGCAAGAGAAGAAUGACACAUUGGAUGAGACGAUGGAGGGAAUGUCUUUAAACGAAGAGGCACCCGCCGUCCCAGAGACCACCGAAGAAGGGGUCAGCAAAAAAGCCUUGAAACGUGCAAAAAAGCAGGCAGAAAAGCAGCACAAGGCGAAACUUGAGAAAGAUCGCUCUACAGGCCGUGCACAACCUUUGCCGCCUACACCUCGCCCCAUGCGACCUGAAUCUCUGGUAUAUGUGCGAUGGUGUUAUGAUUUGCUCUACGGCGAUGAAGAACGCCACAUUGCUGCAGACCCCGAACUCUUUGCCUCCUUCAGCCAAGGCAGGGGCAUUAUUGCUUUGCGAGAAAAAUUCUUGGCGUAUUUGUCGUCCGAAGAAGGUCAAAAAGUGCUGGCCCAGCAGCAGCGUCACAAGUCGGCAAAUGUGCCACGCGACUUGCAUGCAGAUGAUCGCCCUUUCUCCAAGACACUGAUUGUACCAGUGGCCGUGCCUGGCUGUGGAAAAACGGCUUUAUGUGUAGCCCUUUCGAAUUUGUUCCACUGGGGGCAUACACAAAGCGAUGAUGUGCAAAGCAAACGAACUGGACCUGCCUUUUUGAAGAAUGUGGAAACGGAGCUCCUAUCACAUGAUGUGGUUCUGGCAGAUCGAAACAACCAUCUUAUGAAGCAUCGCGAAGAACUAGUAGAUGUGGUCCGACGUGUUAGCGACCCAGCGAAAGGCAAAGUGGGUCGUGUUCGCCUUGUGGCGUUGGCAUGGCGUUUGGAUGGUGUACCGCUCUCCAAGAUUCAAAGCAUUUGUGCUUCGCGCAUGAUGGAUCGCGGCGAUCGACACCAAUGUCUCCGUGUGGAAUCACGCAAACAUUUUGCAUACGACUCUAUCCUUACACGGUUUAUCAAGGACAUGGAAGGAUUCCGGAAUACCCAGGCUGAUCCGGAAACGCUGCACGCUUCAGAUGCCCAGUUUGAUGAUGUGGUGUGGCUUGACAUUGAUGCAUCGUUUGAGGAUACACUGGCUCGGGCUAUGGACAGACUAUGCCCUAUGUUGGCACUGCCGCAACCCUCGCAGACGGCUGUGGAAGCCAGUAUGGCUAAAGCACUGCAUUACUCACCACAAGUUCGCAAGCCGCUACCUAAACUGCCCACUGGCCCUCCUGUGGACAGAAACGCAGUAUAUCCCUCGUCCUACAUUGGUGUGUUUGCUCAUAUGGAUCUGAAAGGAUUUGUGCUACAACUGCUUGAUCAUCUGCCUGAUACCUCAGAUACAGUAGCAGCUCGCCACGUUUUGCAUACAAUUAUCCAGGCCAAUCGCAUGACAGAAAAACCCCAUGUUACCAUACUGCACAGACAUGAUGUGGACACGUGCCUAGUUGACGAAGCGACGUGGACCUCUUUGUAUGCCAAAGCCACGGACCACACAAGCACUCAAAAGACCUGUUCUAUUCGAAUUUGUGGCCUGGCCUGGAAUGAACGCGUGAUGGCGUUAGAAGUCUCGGAAAUUGUUGGUUUGGAUGUAUCAUUCCUACAAGCCCGAUCUGGACGUACGCCCCAUGUUACGGUAGGAACAGCAGACCCUGCAGUGCUCGCUUACGAGGCCAACCAGCUGUGGGCGGAGAAUACAGCCAGUAAAAUUGAGGUCUCCCCAUCGCGUGACGUGCCUGGCGUUCUUGCGUUCCACAGCAAUCCAAAAUAG